UUCUCCGUAUUGAGGUCUGUUCAAAGAACACAAAAUCACAAAACUAAUAAAUUACAAGAAAUUAAAGUGGCCUGCCUGCCUGCUCCAUGCUUUAAUUCUUCUUCAUCUUGCUCUGUAAAUUUCUUUCGACAAUAGAAAAGAGAACCCUUUAAUUUUCUGUUUCAAGAAAUUUACUUGGCAAAAUUCUUUCCAUCAUCAAAAUUACCUAGUCCUCAGGAUUUUUGUAACAGGAUUCUUUUUCUGCAAUGAACAUUACUCGUGAUGUCAGGACCUGCACAGCCAACUUGAAUUGUGACCGUGAGCCAACUGGGUUAUUGUUAGGAGUAAAUGGUGGUACAAAAGCUAGAUAUGUGAAUAGGGAUUCACGAAAAUGUUCUGAAAUCCGUGGAACUGCAUCGAAACUUUCUUGUCGAAGAGACUCUACUUUUCCAGUUGAAAAUCAGGGAAAAUUGUAUAGGAUAAGUUCAGAAAAUGCAACUGAAGCAAGAACCCCAGAUGAACAUGGACUACAGAAUGAAAAUAUCAAGGCAGUUGGGACCUCCCAAACUGUAUCAACCUCCGAUUAUGUUGCUGCUGAGGCUAAAAGAAGCAACGGCCUAAAAGUUCGAUCAGGUAAAUCAGGUCUUGCUCAACCUCGUCAGCUAACUCAGAACAGCAGACACUCUGCAAAAGCUGCUAAUGAUAAUGGGAAUCCAAUGCGACCUGUCAAGAAAAGUGGAGAUAAAUUACCUCCAACUUCAGGACAGGAUUUGGGGGUGAAGGCUAAGAUAGUACCUCUAAAGUAUUCUUCUAAACCAUCUUCAAGUGCUUGGAAAGUAAAGGAAAAGAAAGAAACUUCAAAAGAACCAUCUAAUUUGUCUCCAAACAUGAGUUCAUCCGAUCAAGUUGAUAGGGGUCAGCCCACUCAGAAGGGAAAAUGUUCUGCAGGAGCUGUUAAGAAGAGUAGAAACCAAAUACAAGCUGUUAAAAAGAGUGGGAAAAAAAUAACCCCGACUCCCGAGCAGGAAAAGGAAAAGAAAGAACCUUCAGAAGGUCCAUCUCAUUUUCCCACUAAAUUAAGUUUGUCUGAUCGGGCUCACAGGGAUCAGCCUGUUCAGAAGAGAAAAUGUUCUGCACAAGCUGUUAAGAAGAGCGGAAACCAAUUACCUGCAAUUCCCAAGCAAGUAUGGCAGGUAAAGGGAAAGAUAGCAUCUUCACAGGAUUCAGGUAAAACAUCUUCAAAAGUUUUCCAGGUGAAGAAAAAGACAUCUUCUACAUUGUCUUCAAAAACGAGUUCAUCCCACGCCAAAACAAGAAGCUUCUCUCCUGAACAUUCUACAAAGUGGGAUGGUUUUGUUAAACUUGGACAUAAUUGUUUUUUAUGCGAGAAUGAUCUAGCUCAUUCGCCAUUACCAACUGAUGAGGAGUUGGAGUCUGAUAAAUUACCAGAUGUUGCUGUUCUUCCAUGUGGUCAUGCAUUCCAUGCCAUGUGCUUGCAGCAAGCAAUACCUGAAGAUCAAUUGAGAGAUCCUUCAUGCUUUGUAUGUGACAGCUUACAAUGAGCCUCCUCCACAUCUGUUCUUUAAAAAACCUUUCUAGUGUAUAUAUCAUUAAACCACCAUUGUAAGGAAAUGAAGGCAAAAUGUGGAAUACAAUUAGAAAGUGGUCGGAGCAGGGAAGUACAUGCAGCUGUCCAUCCGUUGGUGAGACUUUAUGCAACGGAAAAUGUAUGCUGGCGCACAAUAACGGGCUCCCUAGAGGUGCACAUAGCAGUGAUUGGUGUAUUUGUUUGAAGAACGCUUCAAAGAAAAUCAGGUACAAUUCUCUUGGAUUCAUUGUGUUCCGCAACAUGCUUUGUUACAUACCGAACACACAAUGGAAUUAGAAAGCUCGGCUCUGAACAAAUAUGAUUUUUCUUGUCUCUUAACAUCCCCUGUUCCCUGUACAACAUUCGUUUUCUUCAGUAGAAUUCUUCUCUAUUCAAAAUAAAAUAGUUAAAUGAUG